AUGAAGAGAAAGAACGCGAAGCUGAAAAAUUAUUUGUAUUGUUCGACAGAUUAAAGAAAACUGGCGUGAUGAAUGUUGUCGAUCCUAUUGAAGCAGCUAUCAAAUCCGUUCGAUUUCCAAUAAUUUUGCAAAAUGAAGACAUUGCUGGUUUGGUUCUCGAGGCUCUUAAAAUGAUGAGGGUUGACGAUUCCGCCCUGCCAGAUCAAGGCAGUGUCAUAAACCGCAUAACUAGUAAUGGCGGAAGAGAUAUCGAUAAUAAAAGCAUGGUCUUCAUAUUCCAAAAGGUUGAACAUUUGGCCGAUUGCGCACACGGAUUUCCUGUCUGGACACGCCGACAAAUAGAGUUUCCAGAUAUUGCUCACGCUGUAAUUAGAAUAAAUAAACUUUUAGCGUCGGGAAGUUUCGAAUAUCAAGGCAGUGUCAUAAACCGCAUAACUAGUAAUGGCGGAAGAGAUAUCGAUAAUAAAAGCAUGGUCUUCAUAUUCCAAAAGGUUGAACAUUUGGCCGAUUGCGCACACGGAUUUCCUGUCUGGACACGCCGACAAAUAGAGUUUCCAGAUAUUGCUCACGCUGUAAUUAGAAUAAAUAAACUUUUAGCGUCGGGAAGUUUCGAAGUGGAAAAAUGUGAUUAA